GCAGGAGGGCGGGGCGGGAGCCGAGCUGGGAGAAGGGAGCCAGCGAGCAGGCGGCAGGCAGGCACGGUCUGCGCGAGGAGCAGGCGAGCGGGAAGACGAGACGCAGCCACCUUCCUCACCAGCCAGCCCUCCGCGGUUUGUUCCCUUCCUCGGGAGUGCGCCAAUGCCUGGUCCGACCCAAACCCUGUCCCCAAAUGGCGAGAACAACAACGACAUCAUCCAGGAUAACGGGACCAUCAUUCCUUUCCGGAAGCACACAGUGCGCGGGGAGCGUUCCUACAGUUGGGGAAUGGCGGUUAAUGUGUAUUCUACCUCGAUAACCCAAGAGACUAUGAGCAGACAUGACAUCAUCGCAUGGGUUAAUGACAUAGUAUCUUUAAACUACACAAAAGUGGAACAGCUUUGUUCAGGAGCUGCCUAUUGCCAGUUUAUGGACAUGCUCUUUCCGGGCUGCAUUAGUUUGAAGAAAGUAAAAUUUCAAGCAAAGUUGGAGCAUGAGUAUAUUCACAAUUUUAAACUUCUGCAAGCAUCGUUUAAGCGAAUGAAUGUUGAUAAGGUGAUCCCAGUGGAGAAGCUGGUGAAAGGGCGUUUCCAGGACAACCUGGAUUUCAUUCAGUGGUUUAAGAAGUUCUAUGAUGCUAACUACGAUGGGAAGGAGUAUGAUCCUGUGGAAGCGCGGCAAGGGCAAGACGCAAUCCCUCCCCCCGACCCUGGCGAACAGAUCUUCAACCUGCCCAAAAAGUCUCACCACGCGAACUCCCCCACUGCAGGUGCGGCUAAAUCCAGUCCAGCGUCUAAGCCGGGAUCCACACCUUCUCGUCCCUCAUCAGCCAAAAGGGCUUCAUCCAGCAGCUCAGCAUCCAAAUCUGAUAAAGAUUUAGAAACACAGGUCAUACAGCUUAAUGAACAGGUACAUUCAUUAAAACUUGCCCUCGAAGGUGUGGAAAAGGAGAGAGAUUUCUACUUUGGCAAGUUGAGAGAGAUUGAGCUACUCUGCCAAGAACACGGGCAGGAAAACGAUGACCUCGUGCAGCGACUAAUGGAAGUCCUCUAUGCUUCGGAAGAACAUGAGGGCCACCCGGAAGAGGCCGAGGCUGAGGACCAAGUCCAUGACCAGCAGCCCCAGCAGCAGGAAGAGUACUGAAGCGUCCUGGCCCCUUGCGCCUUCAGCUGUGCGUGGGAACUUUUCUUCUGGAGAAACCUGUGGCCUCAAGCUCAACAGCAACCAGUCGUUCCCAGUCUGCCGUUAACAUCAACGCACUGUUGCAUCCGCCAGCCACCGCGCUCGGUUCCCAUUUCCUUUGCCAAGACCCGUUAGCAGCCGGCCGUUGGGCGGCCUGAGAGGUCACGGGGUCACAUACCUACCACUUCACCACUUGGCUGCUUGGGAUUGAUUCUGCUCUUCUCAUUUCUUUCCGGGACAGCUCUCCCCACCGCCCCCCCACCACCCCC